AUGCCUUCUCUAAAAAGGUUCUGGAGAGAGUUGGAGCUACGGGAGGGUGUGAUGGUGUGGUGGGGUGCUCCUGCAAUUAAUCUCCACCGAGCACAACGUCUGGGCUCCCUCCUGUGUUCGGCAGCGGAAGCAGCACAGCACACCAAACCAGUCUACGUCGCUGCGCGCCCCCUGAGUGCCUGCUACGCCACCCCUCCGCUCCUCCCCGCGCAUCCCCCAUCCCCCCCUUUCAGCCAGUGCCAGCGGGAUUGGGUGAUGGCGGAACUGCUUGCUGACCCAGCCAAGCAGUCACCUAGGCGGGAGAUUCUCUCAUGGUCUCUGCGCGACGAGCUGAAGCAGAAUCGCGUGCCGCUUCAAGUGCUUCGUGGGAAUAGCCGUUUAGACAUCUGGGCUCGAGUCACUCCGGCAGCGGCAGCAGAAGCCGCAGCGGCUGAUGCCGCAGCUGCUGAAGCCGCACAAGGAGACGUCAGUUUCGACGGCAGUUACGACGACACCACCGCAAGCUUUGGAGCGGCCAGCUACCGGCUAGCCGGCACUUUUGAAACGGAUUGCAGUUACGACGCUGGCGAGAACCUUCUAGAGGGCGUCGUUUUGUCCGAGGGCCGGCACGCGCUGUUCGCGCCGCUUGCAGCGUGGACGGAGGAGAGCAUUCUGCGGCUAGAACGGAUUAAAGCGUACGGCGCGCUGAGGAAUAACAAGCCUCGGCCAGUGGAGAAAGAGGAGCAGCGCAACAAGGAGCAGCGCAACAGGCGCGGCAAUGACUUGUACUCCAAAUUACCCUCUGCUAGCGUCAGGGCUCGUCGUGCGGCGGGAAUCGGUUGCUGUUUCGCAGGCGGCGCGGGGUAUGGGGAAGAGGCGGAAGAUGGGGAAGGGGCGGAGGACUCCCUGCCGGCGCGCGAGGCUGUGGGGAAGCUGGCGGAAGGAAUUGCGCGGCUAAGGAUGGGAUGGGCGCGCGCAAGAGAUGGAGCGGAGGAGGCGGAAGGGGUCAGAGCACCGCUUCUGGCGCAUGCGGUGCUCCCAGCGGAGAGGGGGGACGUUAUCACGCAGGAUGGCGGUCGCGGCAAAGAUGAGCGGUUGAAUAGGGAUGGUGCUGAUAUGCUCAGGGAUGCUCGAAUUGCCGGCGAACCUUCUUCCAAUUCGCGUCACAACGAGAUUGAACCUGCCGACACUCCUGCCGCCCACAAAACGAGUAAUUUUACUGCCAGCGACACAGGCGCCUCCUAUGGAACACGGAGCACGACAGCUGCCACGUCAGCAGGCGAGCCGCGGGUCGUGCUGCCGCACCUUUACUCUAAAGUGCCGGUUUCUGGGGAAGGCGGUAGCGGGGCAGGCUGGGGUAGGUGGGAAGAUGGAGAGACAUGCCUUCAGGAAGAGGAGGAAGGAGACGAUGGGUACUGGCGGGAAAGAGCAGACGACGCUGGUGCUGCUGGUGAUGCUGGUGAUGCCGGUGCUGCCGGUGCUGCUGGUGCUGCCACUGGUGGCAGUGCUAGUCCGACGCUCGAAGAAGCGCGUGACAGGGGAGCGCGGACCAGACCGAGCUCUCCCACCCAUCACACCACCAGCCCUGCUGCUUCCACUAUGCCCGCGACUGACGCCGCUGCUCCCGGAACUGGUGCUGAAGGGGAAGCGGCGGAGAUGCAGGAAAGGUUGUGGGCAGGGCGGGCCAUGACAGCGCCUGAAGCCAGGCUGUGGCGGGGCCACGCAUCAGGCAUGCAGGCAGUAGGCAUGCAAGCAGCAGGCAUGCCGGCAGUAGGCAUGCAAGCAGCAGGCAUGCCGGCAGUAGGCAUGCAGGCAGCAGGCAUGCAGGCAGCCAUGGCCAGCAGCAUUGCAACAGAUGGUGAUACUUGCACAGACUCUCUCCCAUCAGGCUUACCUACCUUUCUCCACUCCGGCUGCCUACCUGCCUUCCUACCUGCCGCCCCGAACCUGCCUUCGCAUGCAACGCCGGGCCCAGUUCUCAAGGUUCGGCGGCAUUGUAUCGCUGAGGCGGUAGAGAAGGACGACUCGGGCGGCAGCAGCAAGGGUCUGGGCGGCAGCGGGCCGGCGUCUCUGUUCACUAUUCUGAUCAUGCCGGCUGAGAGCGGGGGGAAGAAGGAGAGUCGUCGAUUCUUUGACGUCAAUCACACGAUCGACCGUGCCCUGCGUUGGUUCGCAUCAGUGCGUGCGAGCGGGGCAGCACUCGAGCUGAUGAACGCCCAAACCGAAGUCCUGCCGGUGCGGCUGGGCGGCAUGGACGGCGACAAGCUCGCCAAGAUGGCGCAGUACGGCAAGUGGACAGUAAAGACAAACGACGAGCAGCGCGGGGAUCAUAUCUCUGUCCUCCGUGCUGUCCGGCUCUGGCUGGUCCCGGAUUCCGAGGUGGAACUUACCCUGGUGCUGGCUUCCGGCGGGGUAAAUAACGCAGCGUGCCCUCCCGACUGGGGGUUACUUCUGGAACAAACCCCCGAGGGAGUGGUGCACGUGGUGGGGGUGAGGGGGGGGAGUCCGGCGGAGAAAGGAGGAGUAGCCAUGCUGCUGAGGAUGGCACGGGCGAAGAAACGGCUGCUGCUGCUGUCGAGGCUGCAGGGGCAGGUGCUGCUGCCGUCGGUGAUAGCCAAUGGGCAGAUAGACUGUGCUGACGUGGAGGCUCUGCAGGAGCAGCUGGUGCUGCAGGCACAUCUGCCGUCCAUCCCGCUGCGCCUCACGUUUGCCCUGUCGUCUCACCCCUCCACCACUCUCUACUCUUUUUUCUUUCUGCUUAGCCUGGUCCCCAAAACGGGCAGCCUAAUCUUUUCAUCACCUCCUGCUUUUGCUUUCAUAAGCAGUGGGUCGUGCGAGCAGAUACGCCACGUCAGUCUGUCAGUAACCGGCCAGCGUCAGCUCGACCGCGACCGUCAAAUGGACGGCAGUGACGACGGCGACCGUCAAAUGGACGGCAACGACGGCGGCGACGGUGACUGGAAUGACGACCCGGCGCCAUCAAUCUCCACCACAGGUCCUCCUAUCCCCGCAUCGCUGCCGUCCGUUUCCAUGAUACCGGUGCUUUUUCAAGGAACCGCCACUGCCUCGUCAGCGGCGUCGCUGUCAGAUGCUGACGUGUUGCUUCCUGUGGAAGCUGUGGACAUUGCGCCGUCCCGGCACUCGGCUGGAGAUAUUUAUGAGGUUCUGAGCCCUCCUCCUCUCUUUCCAUCCCGCAUUGUCACCCCAUCCUCCCUUUUCCCCUGCUGCCCUCCCCCACCGCCUCCCCCUGCCUCCUCCCUGCCUUCCCCCCCACCUGGUUCUUUCCCCCCCUCGCCCCACCAGGUGCACGCACAUGCAGUCAUCGCUAUACCCAAUCCCCUCACACUAUCCGUGGCAUACCGCCUGGUCGUGUCUGACGUCAGCGCUGAGUCAGCACCGUAUGACCUGGACGGUAAUGCGCUCAUGGCUGUGCUUCAGCGCGUCUGCGCUUGGCUGGAGUCAACUGACACGUGGCUGCUCUCCGGCCAUGCUGACGUGGCAAUGCAGGCCACUGUGGACCCUGACGAGGUGGCAAAGGUUCUGGAUGAGACCCACGUGGCAUGGGCUGAGCUGGCCGCUCUGCCUACAGGGGCAGCAGGGGCAGCAGCAGGGGCAGCAGCAGGGGCAGCAGCAGGGGCAUCAGGGGCAGCAGCAGGGGCAGCAGUAGAGACGCCAGGCGAUGACACAAGCUCAUCAGAAGCCCCUCCAGCCCUCACAAGGCGCAGCUCCACAGGCGGCCGCUCUGCCUCCAGAGUCGGCCACUCUGCUCCUCCUCACCCGUCCGCCUCUUUCCCUUCCGCGUCUCUCGCUUCCGCCCCCCACCCUUCUACCGGGUCAUAUAUCAGUGUGCCACACAGCGGGGACGCACACAGCAGUGGCGCAUACAAUGAGGGCGCACAACAGGGGGGCGCGCAGGUGGGGGGCGCGCAGGGCAGGGGCGUACACAGCGGAGGCGUACACAGCGGAGGCGUACACAGCAGGAGCGGACACAGCGGGGGUGGACAGGGGGGGGGAGGACCGAGGGGAGCCGCAUCCAAUGGGGGCGCACAGGUAGGCGAGAGGUGGCGAAGGGCAGCAGCAGGGGCACGAUCCAUGGCUGUUGGGGCGCAAUCCGUGGCUGCUGCUGGUGGGGGAAGAGGAGGGGGCAGAGGGGGAAUGGGGAGCGGAAUGGCUGCUGGAGGGGGAGGAGGAAGGAGGGGAGAGGUUGCUGUAGGGAAAGGAGGGAGAGGAGGGAGAGGAGAGGGCGCGUUUGUGCUGAAGGGAAACAUUUUGCCACAGCAUGCAGCCAGCGUCACUCCUUCUGCUGCUGCUGCUGCUGCUGCUUCUGCAAGCUUUGAGCAUGCAGCUGGUGCCAGCCCGGACAGUGUUACCAGUGGUGCUGCUAGUGCUGCCAGUGAUGCUGUCAGUGGUGGCCAUACCAUAGGCGGGCAGAAUCGCACGGCGCCAUACCGUUACAAAGCCACCGGUUACCAGCAGCAGCUAGGUCACAGGGAGCUAUUCCCUUACACCCCCCCCAGUCACCAACAGCUAGGUCACAGGGAGCAAUGCCGCUACAGAACCACCGGCUACCAGCAGCAGCUAGGUCCCAAGGGGCUAUUCCGUUAG